UGCGGUGUGACCUGGAGUUGGGCGUUCACCUGCCGGUGCCUCAGUUUCCCCGCCUCGUGUGGGCGGAGCCUGCGGAUGCAGACCCCAGCCCCGCCCCCCGGGCUGUCUUUACCGGGGCGCGGAGUGGGGAGUUCAGCCGAGGGUGUGGGCGAUCCUCGCAGGGGUGGCUGGGAAUUCAGUGCGACGCUGUGCAGUUAGCUCCGCCUCUCGCAGUCACGUGGGAGGCCCUCAAAAGGCUGGACCCCUGGGGAAACUCCUGCUCCAAGCUCCGCCCUCAGUCCACACUGCCUUCACCCCCCCCCAUUCCCAUUUCCUGGAUGAGAAAACUGAUCCCUCCCUCCUCCACUUGAAACCGGGGCCCUUGCUGCGCCGUGGAGGAGGAGGAGGACAUGGACGCCCCCGACUCGGCCUCCGGGGUCUUCUGCAGCCGCGUCCUGAGCAUGGUGAACGCCGAGGACGUCAACGCCAUCAUCCUGGCCCAGAAGAACAUGCUGGACCGCUUCGAGAAGACCAAUGAGAUGCUGCUCAACUUCAACCAGCUGUCGAGCGGCCGCCUGCAGCAGAUGAACGAGCGCUUCCUGCAGCACACGCGCGCACUGGGCGAGAUGAAGCGCGACCUGGACAGCAUCUUCCGCCGCAUCAGGACACUGAAAGGGAAGCUGGCGCGGCAGCACCCCGAGGCCUUCAGCCACAUCCCGGAGGCCUCGCUCCUGGAGGACGAGGAGGAGGACCCCAUCCCGCCCAGCACCACGACCACCAUCGCCACCUCGGAGCAGAGCUCCGGCUCCUACGACACCAGCCCCGACACUGUCUCGCCCUCCCUCAGCCCCGGCUUCGAGGACCUGGCCCACGCCCGGCCCGGCUCCCCUGCCCUCAACGGCCACAGCCAGUCCGAGGAGGAGCCGCAGGGCCAGUAGCCCCGCGCCGCGGGCGGGCGGCCUGGGCUGGCGGGACAGCCCCCCCCCCCCCCGGGCCGCAGGACCCCCGCAGCACGUCCGCAGACCCCUGCGGCAAGCCCCGGAGGCCACAGCCCGACCCGGGCCAGGACCCCCACGGCGGGGGGGACAAGCUCCCACCCCACCCCUUUGACAGAGUUGGACGUUCCUCCCGUGGGCAGGGGGCAGCAGGAUGGAGACCCGGCCCGGCCACCCCGGCCGGCAGAGCUGAACGGAAUAUUUUUGUACCCGAUGUUCACACACGCCGUUGCGAAGUUAUCAAUAAAGAGAGGCCGCGACUGCAAAGGGAACAUUGCGUCUGGCUCCGGCG